CACGAGGAGUCAGCAGGUCGGAACCACAGCUUGGCUCAGCGGGUGGAGGACCUGGAGCAUCGUUCCAGUGAAGCCAGCACCUUGCAGCACAUCCAGGCCACCCUGCUCUACGACAUGCAGGCCCAGAUCAACAACAUCUCCGUCCUGACCGACUGGGCCUGGCGCAACCCCACCUGCCUCCACCCCGCCGAGAUGAGGCUCCAGGAGGAGACCCAGAGGCCAGAGGUGAAGCACUCCAGGAACUGCCCCAUCGACUGUGCCUCUGUCUACUACAACGGGCUGAGGCGCUCGGGGGUCUACAGCAUCAUGCCCUCGGUUGGAGGGCUGCCCAUCGAAGUCCUCUGCGAGAUGGACACUGAAGGUGGGGGUUGGACAGUCAUCCAGAGGCGUCAGGACGGCUCAGUGGAUUUCAACCGGACCUGGAACGAGUACAGGGAUGGUUUUGGGGACCUCAAUGGUGAGUUCUGGCUGGGCAAUGAGAACAUCCACAAGCUGACGAGCCAAGGGGACUACUCGCUGCGCAUCGACCUGGAGGACUGGAACAACAAGCACAAGCAUGCCUUCUACCAGGUCUUCAGAAUUGAGGAUGAGGAGAACUACUACCGCCUGCACGUGGACGGGUUCAGUGGGACAGUGGAGGACUCCUUUGCCUGGUACCACAACAAGAGGAGCUUCAGCACACCUGACUCAGGCAACAUUUGUGCUGAGAUUUCCCACGGGGGCUGGUGGUACCACCAGUGCUUUUUUUCCAACCUCAACGGGGUCUACUACAAGGGUGGCCGAUACUCCAUUAAGAACCGGAAGAUGCUGGGGCCAGAUGGGAUCGUGUGGUACUCCUGGAAGGACACAGACUACUACUCCCUGAAGAAGGUGGUCAUGAUGAUUCGACCACGCACUUUCCGGCCCCACCUCUCCCCAUGA